CAAUUAUUUAUGAAGUUGUGAGAAUAAAGGCGUGGAUAAACGUUUAACUCGAAAUCAUCGAACACCCUGAAAAUUCCCAAAAAAAAAAAAAAAAGGAUGAGUGCUUUCUCCAAUCCAUUGGUUUCAAUCAGAAAUCCUCGAACCCAAUUUCUAUAUGGUUCUUCUUUGAAGUUGGUGGACCAAAGUAACCUGUCUCUAUGUUCCACUUCGGCAGGAAAUACUAAACAUCUGGCAAAUAAAAGUUUGCUUACGAUUCGAGCAGCUGGGGAUGGUGGAAGACCAAGUAGUGCAAGUAUCUUUGUUGGUGGCUUUAUAUUGGGGGGAAUAGUUGUUGGAACAUUAGGUUGCGUGUAUGCACCCCAGAUCAGCAAGGCACUGGCUGGAGCAGACAGAAAAGACUUGAUGAGGAAGCUGCCAAAAUUUAUAUAUGAUGAAGAGAAAGCUUUGGAGAAGACCCGCAAAAUCCUGACUGAGAAGAUUGCACAGCUGAACUCUGCCAUAGACGAUGUUUCUGCUCAGCUUCGUGCGGAUGAUGCCCCAAAUGGAUCUGCAGUGAACCCUGAUGAAAUUGAAGCUUCCAUAUGACAACAUCUUGGUUGAAAUUGGAAUGUAAAUUAUCCCUUGAUACGUGUGAUUAGCAACCCAGAAGUUAAUGUUCGACAUACUCAUCCUUCUGUUCAACUUCAUCAUAGAACAUUGACAGCCAUUAUAAACAAUCAUAAAUAUGUGAUUAAAGUUUUGCUUUUUCUGAUUUAA